AUGAGUAGGAAAGAGAAAGCAGAAAUCAAAACAUUGAUUGAAGAAUUUAUAAGAAAAGAUGAGAAUGGUGUACCAAUAAAUGAAGAAAAUUUUGAAGAAGCCCUAAAGGCUGUGAACACUGCGUUAGUGCCAACAUUUUUGCCUGUAAAAAUUCAGGAACUUUUAUACAGCAGUGCUGCCACUAAUUUGACUAAGGAGAGUGCUCCAUUCUGGAUAAUGUGUUCAGCACUGAGAAGCUUCAUCGAAGCCGAAGGGAAAGGCAAGUUGCCAGUGAGGGGCGUGCUGCCAGACAUGACUGCCUCCACUGAACAUUAUAUCAAAUUACAAAACAUCUACCGAGUACAAGCUGCAAUGGAUGCCGAAGUAGUUUACAGAAAAGUCCAACAAAUUGUUUCUCAACUUCUCUGUGAUAGCAUUAGCGAGAGUGAGGUUAAACUGUUCUGCCGCCAUGCCAAUGAUUUGCACUUGAUCAAAAGUUCCAAUAUAGCAACUGAGUACCAACUGACAGGUUCAGUACCUACUUACAUAGCAAGAUAUCUGGAAGAACCUGACGUGAUGAUGGUUCAUUAUGUAAUACUGAGGGCAGCAGAAUGGUUUCCCGAAAAACAUCACUCCCUAAACUAA